GGGGAGGGGUGUUUUGUAGUGAAAACACAAUGCUGGUUGUAAAGUGAAAAGAUUUCUACCGGUUUAUUUUUGCCUUGUGCUCUGUGUGUGUGUGUGUCUGUGGCAGGGGGAACUAUAGGAAGAGAACACAUCUCCCCUCCCCUUCCAGGAUUACCUAACAGUUAUGAAGGAGGCGUAGCCUUCCAUGUCUUUCCUGUGCUUUUGUGUUUGGCCCUGAACCCAUUCUGAAAGUUCCCCCGGAGAAUAAAUGAGAAGAGCCAGCCAUGCUCCGUUUGAGAGCCCUCUCUGAAGGUGGAAAGUUGCGGGGAAAAAUACAAGCAGCUCUUUCUUUUCUUCGUCUUACUUUUCUGUCUUCUUUCCCCGGCUCCCUAUUUUCCCUUUGUGCGUUUGAGGCUGAGCUGCGCUGCUUUUGGAGACAGGCCAGGUCACAAAUGCAAUCCUUUUAUGAUAAAUGAGGUUGCUAUAGCAAUGACAUUCCCCCUCUCUCCUCCAGUAAGAUGGGGGUGGGGUCAAACUUUACAAAAAAAAAAAAAAAAAAAUUCAUCCACCAACAUUCACAGCACCCCUUUUUGUGGGUCUGAUAACCGGCUAAAUUCUCAGAAUAGGUUUUUUGAGACUUCACCUUCAUAUCACAGCAGGAAAGGGUGGAGAUGUGGAGGAAGGCAUUUUUACCCUUAAACUAUUUCACUGUGUUUUAGUAUGAGUCACAAGUGUGGCUCUGCAGCUCAGCUCCGUUUUAUGGGAAAGUCAGUUUCCCACCAUUGUGUCUUUAGCAGUUGCCAGACACUGACAAGGCUUGUAGACUGCUGCGCUCUGCUCUGUAUGUGUGUGUGUGAGCGCGAGCGUGUGUGUAUGCAAGCCUGUGUAUGUGCAAAACAGACACUGCUGCUUUGGGAGAGCAACAUACGGAGAGGUAGACUUAGUUAUGCCGUGUUGGAGCUUCUUUGAUGAAACCAACAGCUCUUCCAAACCUAACGAAUGUCCUGCUGAUUUUCCAUGGAUUGUUUUUUUCUUCUUCUAUGGCUGUGCUAUGUCUCACGUUCUGGCUUUGAUUUUGAGUGUGACGGUUCCCGACGUGGAGUAGCCAGAGGUUUUUGUAGUAGUGUUGUAUGCCAUGGGCUGUGUCUUCUCCCUGCCUGAGAACAGGAGAGAUGCUGCUGAGAGAACUCCCAGCUCAAGGGAGACCAGUUUUAUUGAGAAAAUGAAGAAGACGGGCAAGACCAUCAUUGUGUUCUAUGGCUCCCAGACUGGCACAGCAGAGGAAUUUGCUAACAGACUGUCCAAGGACGCUCAGCGCUAUGGCAUGAAAGGAAUGGCUGCUGACCCUGAGGAGUAUGACAUGGGGGAACUGUCACGGCUCGGUGAGAUUCCAAACUCACUUGCCAUAUUUUGCAUGGCCACCUACGGUGAAGGAGACCCAACAGAUAACGCCCAGGAUUUCUAUGACUGGCUGCAGGAAAACGAUGAUGAAGACCUCUCUGGUUUAAACUACUCUAUAUUUGGGUUAGGUAACAAGACGUACGAGCACUAUAACGCUAUGGGCAAAUAUGUUGAUAAAAGGCUGGAAGAACUGGGAGCCAAGCGCAUCUACGACCUAGGAAUGGGAGAUGAUGACGGAAAUAUUGAGGAAGACUUCAUUUCCUGGAGAGAGCAGUUCUGGCCGGCUGUCUGUGAGCACUUUGGUGUUGAAUCUCUUGGAGACGACUCCAGCAUACGGCAGUACGAGCUGAAGGUGCACACUGACAUCAACAUGAACAAAGUAUUCACAGGAGAGAUUGGCCGCCUGAAGAGCUUCGAAGUCCAAAAGCCGCCCUACGAUGCAAAAAAUCCUUUCCUUGCUCCUGUUACUGUCAACCGCAGACUCAACAAAGGCGGUGAUAGACAUCUCAUGCACCUGGAAUUGGACAUCACAGGAUCUAAGAUCAGAUACGAGUCAGGCGACCAUGUAGCUGUUUUCCCUACCAAUGACUCCAUGCUGGUGAACAAGCUGGGACAAGUCCUUGGAGUGGACCUUGAUGUGGUUAUCUCGCUCAACAACCUUGAUGAUGAGUCCAACAAAAAGCAUCCCUUCCCCUGUCCUUCCACGUAUCGCACGGCGCUCACUCAUUACCUUGACAUCACACACCCUCCUCGCACCAACGUCCUCUACGAGCUGGCACAGUACGCCUCCGACCCUAAAGACCAGGAACACCUGCGCAAAAUGGCCUCCUCCUCUCCUGAGGGCAAGGCUCUCUACCACAGCUGGGUGUUGGAUGCCUGCAGGAACAUCCUUGCCGUCCUGGAAGAUAUGCCAUCUUUGCAGCCUCCUAUUGAUCAUCUGUGCGAGCUCCUGCCUCGUCUUCAGGCUCGCUAUUACUCCAUUGCCUCCUCAUCCAAGGUUCACCCCAACAGUAUCCACAUCUGUGCAGUGGUGGUGGAGUACAAGACCAACACUGGACGCACUAACAAAGGAGUGGCCACAAACUGGCUGAAGAAUAAACUGGUCACUGACAAUGGCCACAAAUCCACCGUUCCGAUGUACAUCCGCAAGUCUCAGUUUCGUCUGCCCUUCAAAGCCACCAACCCAGUCAUUAUGAUUGGCCCUGGAACUGGAAUCGCUCCCUUUAUGGGCUUCAUCCAGGAGAGCGGCUGGCUCAAAGAGCAAGGAAAGGAGGUGGGGGAGACGGUGAUGUUUUUUGGCUGCAGGCACAAGAACGAGGAUUAUUUGUACCAGGAGGAGCUGGAGGAAGCAGAGAAGAAUGAAGUCCUUACUCAGUUAAACGUUGCCUUCUCCAGAGACCAGGAGCAGAAGGUGUACGUGCAGCAUCUGAUGAAGAAUAAUAAAGAGCACCUCUGGAGGCUGAUUCAUUCAGACAACGCUCACAUCUUUAUCUGCGGGGAUGCAAGAAACAUGGCAAAGGACGUGCAGGCCGCCUUUUACGAGAUUGCAGAAGAAGUAGAAGGCAUGACGCGCACCCAGGCCACAGACUACAUAAAAAAACUGAUGACCAAAGGACGCUAUUCACAAGAUGUUUGGAGUUAAAGCCUGAAGCCAGUUUCUUCUUGUUACUUUAGUGGUUUCUCUCUCUUUUUUUUUUUUUUUUUUUUGUUUUUUUUUUUACACAUGUCCAUCGUGUAAAAACAAAAGAAAAACCCUUUGGUUGAUUAAAGCCACAGGUAGCAAAGGAUCAUAUUCCUUACCUCAGCAGCAGGUUGACUUAAACCCAAACAGCAAAAUUAAUCUUCUUUUUUUUUUUUUCCUUUUCUCUUUCCUGUUCAUGUGUCUUGCUGUAGGCUACAACUCAGUACCUGUACCUAUCCUAAUGAGUUUUCGCUGGAAUCAUAUUUAAAACUGGUGGUCCCACAUGGAGAUGUUGCAUUACUUUACAAGAACUAUUGGGUGUUACGUCUGAUUUCAUGUAGGCACCAGCUGGCUUAAGUCAAACCAGGGUUGGCAUUGUUUUACAGGUUUCUUUACUAGACAGUGAGACCUAGCGAAAUAUCAUGUAGUUUGGGCCAGUAAACGGUUUGGAACCAGUUGUAGAUGUAUUGUACCACAUCUCUGAAUGAACGUAAUGAUCACUGCAUAGAUCCGUACCAGUAGUAUCCACAUACAAAUAUAAGAUGCAAGUGGGUGCUGUCAUUAAUGAUGUUCAAAUAAUUGUUUACUAAUGCUUUAAAUACUAUUUGUUUUAAGAACUUUGUAAAAAAAAAAACCCAUGGGGUAUAUAUUAAGUAACAGCCUGAAGUCAUAGGUACAAUUUGAUAUUUGCCUUUCUGGUGACAAGGGAUUUUUGCCUUAUAUGCAUCACUGUUUGUUAUACUUUGACAGUAACUUUUUUCAAGGCACACUGUUGCAAGUAGGAAAAGCUUUUAAAUGUUAAAGGGCUGUGUCUUUAAGCCGGUGGUCUUAACAUGAUGAAAUUUUUAAAGGUACCCAGGGAUUUUUUUUUAAAUUUAAUUUAAUUUUUUUUUUAGAAAAUGUUGACCUCGUAACCUAAUUCAGUCUUGAAUAUAACAACUUUAAAAGGAAACCCAUGUACACUUAUUGAGAUUAAGAUAUUCAUGUUUUUUUUGCAAUGAAAAUUAUAAUAAAAAAAAAAAGUAGGAUUUUGGUUUUCAUCUUGAUCCAUGCCUGCAGUGGCAGUGAGACAUGAAUCAGCCUCAAUGUGAGUUUGCACUCUGAUGGUCCCUAGUUUUAUAUGCAUGUGUAGCAUAUCGAGAUUAGCAGUGACUUCAUAUUUCUAACCAUAGCAGUAUACUAUUGCUUGUACUUAAUAAUAAAAAUCGGGCUAUUAUAUGCAGAGAAGAGAGAAUGAACAGAUGUCCGUCCUUCAUGUAGUUGGAGGUUGGCUGAAACAUGAUUUGCCUUCAUUUGAACACUGCCUUAAAGCUUAUGUUAACAUAUGACUCUAAACCUUCAGUCUUUUUGUAAUAAAUGUUUUUGUUUAACAAUGUUCAAAGCAAGUUAGCAUCCUCUACAACAUUUUACAAUGUACUGCCUCUUUUGUCAUUCCACUUUAUGAUGUAUGUAAUUAUUUGAUGGCAUUAGACCAUGCAUUUUUAAUUAAUAAAAUUGAAAUAAUUCCAUUACUUA